UAAUUGAAUAUUUAGAAAUAUAUCAUAAAUUAGUCUAUGGAUAGCCAGAUCAAGGAAGAAGCUGAAAAGGUUGAAGAAUUAGAAGAGGAAGAACAGGAUGAAAUCAAGCUAAUAGAUGAGCUACAAGAGCAAGGGAUCGGUAUGGGAGACCUCAAUAAGCUCAAGGCUGCAGGAAUCUGCACCAUCUCUGCAGUGCUUAUGACUACAAAAUAAGGAGCUACUGAAUAUUAAAGGAAUCAGUGAACAGAAAUUAGAGAAGAUUUUUGAUGCAGCUCAGAAAGUAUCCAACUGAGGGUUCAACACUGGCCUUCACUUUUUGGAAAAGAGGAAAAAGAUGGUCUUUAUCAGUACAGGCAGCUCCAAUUUUGAUACACUUCUUUGUGGAGGAAUUGAGACUCAGUCUAUCACUGAAGUUUUUGGAGAAUUCAGAACAGGAAAAACCCAACUUGUUCACACAGUUUGUGUGACAGCUCAACUCCCGAAAUCAAUGGGCGGCGGCCAAGGCAAGGUUAUCUAUAUAGAUACUGAGUGUACUUUCAGACCUGAGAGGAUCAAAAAGAUAGCUGAAAGAUUUGAUCUUGACCCUGAAAAGACCCUUGAGAAUAUUUUAGUAGCAGAAGCAUGGACUGUUGAUAGAUUAAACCAACUGAUCUCUCAAGCAGCAGGUCUGAUGAUGGAGGACACUUUUAGUCUAGUAGUAGUUGACUCCAUCAUGGCUCCUUUCAGAGUUGACUUCUCAGGAAGAGGAGAACUUAGUGAGAGACAACAAGUUCUUGGUAAGACUCUAAGUAGACUCCAUAAGAUUGCAGAGCAAUUCAACGUUGCUGUCUUUAUGACUAACCAAGUCAUGGCGGAUCCAGGAAUGAAUGCAGCUUAUGCAGUAGAUCCCAAGAAACCUAUAGGAGGGAACAUCAUGGCCCAUGCCUCCACCACAAGGCUCUAUCUAAGGAAGGGUAGAGGAGAGCAAAGAGUCUGAAAGAUCUUUGAUUCACCCUUAAUUGCAGAAGGUGAAUGUGUUUUCCAAAUUACAGAUGGAGGUAUUGCAGAUGUUGCUGACUAAAAUUUCAAUCUGA